GAUUGGUUCUAAAUGUCCUUUAUAUGUGAAGUGCCAUAUUUUUGUCUUAUAUAUAUCCAAACUCUUUAUCAUAGGUUCUCUCUGUACCCCAACAUUUAGGUUUACCUUUUUGUCUAUUUCCAUUUCAUGACCAAUUUUCAUCUCACUUGGUGACGCUGAACUCACAACCACGGCUAAGAUUCAUCCGCAUUCAACUCUCACGGCGAUCAUUCUUACUUGAUCUUCAAUUCCCACUUCUUUUUCUCUCUUGAUUAUACACAAUCCGUUUCUCUAGCUAGUUUACUUUCUCCCUAACGAAAUGGGGAGAGCACCAUGUUGUGAGAAAGUUGGUUUGAAGAGAGGAAGAUGGACAACGGAAGAAGAUGAGAGAUUGAUGAAGUAUAUUCAACAUAACGGAGAAGGUUCAUGGAGGUCUCUUCCAAAGAAUGCAGGGUUACUUAGAUGUGGAAAGAGUUGCAGAUUAAGAUGGCUCAAUUACUUGAGAAAAGACUUAAAGAGAGGAAACAUUUCAGCUGAUGAAGAGAAUUUGAUAAUCAAGUUGCAUAACACUUUGGGUAACAGGUGGUCUUUGAUUGCUGGUCACCUACCAGGAAGAACAGAUAAUGAAAUAAAAAACUACUGGAAUUCUCAUUUAAGCAGGAGAAUUGAAAGCUUCAUCAGAAGACCGAGCAGCAGCAACAGCCAAUCCUUGCCCAUCAUAAUGGAUAUAGCCAAAUUGAAUGGCGAGCAAAAACAAAAAGGCGGUCGAACAAGUCGAGCUACGUGACUACGUCCAUGAAAAAGAAAAACAAGCCAAAUAUACCAAAAUCAACCAGAGACAGAAAGGCUGGUGCUGAAAAAGAAAAUGCAUUAGCGUACAUGGCCAACCAGGAGAAAAACAUGGUGAUGAGCAACAAUAACCUUGUCAAGUCAAGUUCAAUUAUUCCUCCGAUGCAGCAAAAUAUUGAAGGAGAAGAAGUGAUGACUAGUGCUAUUAUGAGCAUGGACCCAUUGUCUUCAGAGAGAGAAAGCAUAGUUUUGUGCCGUAGUGAAGAUAGAGAAAGUAAAGAAGAAGAGAUGUUGGUAUUGGGACCAAUAGAUGAGGCAGCAGCAGGUGCAGAUAUGAUGAUAAUGUCUUUCCCAAGCAGUAAUGACGCCAAUGGUAACAUUAUUUUUGAGAAUGGGGUUACGAGUAGUAAUGGGCUUUUAUCGUGUACUGACUAUACAGAUGAAAAUGGGUUUAUGGGCUUUAAUGAUGAGAGAGAAAGUGGGGUAAACACAAACAUAAAGACAACCACCACAAGUGGGGAUGACCAAGUAAGUUUGAGUACUUGUAACGGUAGCACUAGCAGUAGUCAAAAUGAGAAUGGUGAGUGGUACUUCACUAACAGUACUACGAUUACAUCUUCAAACAAUAUGACACAUUCAAGUCUUGAAGAUGAAUUAGGGGUUUGUGAUUGGGAUAAUUGGGUUGGUGGCAUUUUGGAAAGUAACAACAACUUGUUGUGGGAGGAAAUUGUGGGUGAUGAUAUGAUGUUAAAUUGUUGGUUAGGUGGGGAAAAUCAGUGGUGAGUAGUAUUAUUCUAAUAAUGAAAUGAAGCAAGAAACUACUAAUUGGCUGGUGUGUGUUGGUUAACUAGUUCGUUACACAAGCUUAAUUUGGUUUGCUUGACCGGUUAUCUUGAUGAUGAAAAACUCAAUUAAUAAAGUGUGUUAUGUGCUUGUAAUCCAG